UGCAGUUAUGCGUUCUACACGUUCUGCCGGCGUGCACAGCACGAAUUUUUUUACCAACCCGAUACCAACACGUGUCACGAGUCGAAUGGGGUGAACGUCUGCGCCAGAGGAAGAAACAGGUUCGCAACCCUGGAACACUGCGUUCACAGUUGCGUAUCUACCAAUCGCCCGGCUGAGGAGUGCUUCGGCAAGCCGAUGUUCACGCAGUGCGCAAGGCGAGAUGUCCUGUCCCACUGGUGGUACUACGACCACAGCAAGUGCGUGCCCUGGUCCUUUCCUUCUGGUGGCUGCCCGGCCAACGGAAGCAUGGUAUUCGCAACGGCCAAGGAGUGCGAGCAGCGUUGCCGAGAUCCACACAAUGGACCACGCUGCAAAAGACCUGGGUUUGUGGCCUGCGGUCACCACCACCUCAAGUACCCGUACUUCGCCCACUUAUCGUCUGUAGAUGGCCGCAUGCGGUGUUACCGCUCUUCGUUGGCCACACUGCGGCGACACCAGUGCCUUGUGGGCGAAAAUCGGUUCCCUAACUUUGGAACCUGCGCAGUCACCUGCCGGCAGAAGCGGCCACCUUACUAGCACAGGCGA